CUUGUCAACGGAUAAUUAUCCUAGACAUUGCUCAUCCACAGACUCUAUCAUCAAAUCGAGUCUACCUAUUCAAUAGCACGAAACGGAGAAACCUAUUUUCUAUCUAAUCUGUCAUUUUUUAUUUGUUUGGGGAACGAAAGGCCGCUGCGCCUGAUCCCGUCGCGCAUUCUAGCGAAGGAGGCGUCAGCCAACGAAAGUAGACAAGAUGGCGGCACCUAAGAUGACGAAGAACCAGAAGCGUAGGGCGAAGAAGAAGGCAGACAAGCAGACAAAGGCGGAUGAAACUACUACAGCCGACGAUACUCCCCAGGUUGAACCGAGUGAGGAUGAAUCGAAACAGGCGAAUGAUGUGUCUGAAAAGACUGACACUUCAGAGCUCGAGGUUAAAAAAGCACCUGCUGCAUCGGAUAAGAUACCUGCCGAUGGACCCGCCGAUGACGACGAAGACUACGGUUUCGAUAAUGAAGAUCCCGCGUAUUCCAUGUACAAGGAUAUUUUCACCAAGUUUGGUGCAUCGAGAGAAGAAGAUGAUAUCGCGAAGGAAGCCAACGCUGGCAACCAGGGCGAGGUCUAUUUCGAUGACGAUAAUGAUAUACCCGACGAGGAUGAGGAGAGAGGGGCGCCUCCUAAACUAUCCAAGAAGAAGCGAAAGAUGCUCAACAAACUAUCUAUUGCAGAACUCAAAGCGCUGGUGAGGAAACCGGAGGUUGUGGAAUGGCACGAUACAUCAUCGUCAGAUCCUCGGUUGUUAGUGCAGAUUAAGGCGCAACGAAACGUGGUUCCGGUCCCAUCCCAUUGGUCUCUGAAGCGCGAGUAUCUUUCAUCCAAGCGAGGUAUCGAAAAACCUGCGUUUAAGUUACCCAAGUUUAUUGCAGAUACCGGUAUCGCGGAGAUGAGGGAUGCUGUGCUAGAGAAACAAGCAGAGCAGACUCUAAAGCAGAAGCAGCGCGAAAGAGUACAACCCAAAAUAGGCAAAUUGGAUAUUGACUACCAAAAGCUUUACGACGCCUUCUUCAGAUUUCAGAGCAAACCUCAACUAACGCGCUUUGGAGAAGUUUACUACGAGGGCAAGGAGUAUGAGACAGAUUUACGACAUCUCCGGCCAGGAGAGCUAAGCGACCCCCUCAAGGAAGCACUAAGCAUUCCUCCCGGUGCACCUCCACCAUGGCUCAUCAACCAGCAAAGAUUUGGCCCUCCCCCUUCCUAUCCGUCUCUUCGUAUUCCUGGACUCAACGCCCCUAUUCCAGCGGGAGCUCAAUGGGGUUUCAAUCCGGGGUGUUAUGGCAAACCGCCCGUGGAUGAAUACAACAGACCUCUCUACGGAGGUGACAUUUUCGGUAUCAUGCAACCAUCUCAAGCAGCGCCCCCGCCUGGUGAGCCUAUUGAGCGCACAUUAUGGGGUGAACUUCAAGAGCCCGAAGAAGAGUCUGAGGAGGAAGAAGAGGAGGAAUCUGAAGAUGAAGAGGAUGAGGAAGACGCUGGUGCUGGACUACAGACUCCGUCCGGCAUGGAAACUCCUGGUGGCAUGGCUAGCAGUGUGCCUACAGAGUACGGUACCGCUACCGAAUCUGUUGCCGGAGAAUUGGACUUGCGGAAAUCCCGACGUGGCUACGAGACAGAAGAUAGCACGCACCCUCGCGCAGCUUACACAGUACUUCAAGAGAAGCAGGCUAGAGCCGAAGGUUUCUUUGGCAGCGAUCGUGUAUAUGAUCUCAAGAAUGCGGGCGGAGAUAUGCGCGUUCUCGGUCAGGAUGACGAUAGCAGCCGAAAACGCAAGAAGCCUGGUGACGUAGAUGUAUCCUUCGACCCGGAUGCGAUGGUGGAUGGCAUUAGCAAAGACGAGAUGCGACGAAGAUUUGAAGAGGGUCGGCGUGAGGAGGGCGUCGGUGCCAACUGGAGGAGAGAAGAAGGGCUUGACGAGAUGAUUGCGAACGAGAGCCGCAAGAGACUGAAGCGGGACGAGGAGAAAAGAGAGGAAAGGAAGAAGUACAGGUUCUAGGUUGAUAAGCCCCUUAUGCGAGGGUUACUAUUAACUUAGCGUGUACUAAUCAGUGUGUAGUAAUAAGGAUAAUCGGUGAUUUGCAAGCACCAUAAAAUUGGGCGUCGAUUCAAUCAACAAUUUUAACUCCCAAGAUCUGGAUUUAGACUAAGUGACA